GGACUCCGCUAUUAUAGUAAGAUGGUCUGCAAAAAGGUGGAAGAAAAGGGCACAACGAGUUACAAUGAAGUCGCGGACGAGCUUGUGGACACGGUCAAGAAGGAGUUCCUCAAGGAAAACCCCCACGGAAAUUUCGACGAGAAGAAUGUGCGCCGGCGAAUCUACGACGUCCUCAACGUAUUCAUGGCGAUGGACAUCAUUUCCAAGGACAAAAAGGCCAUUGUCUGGAAAGGUCUCCCGAGCUCGGCGCAUCAGGACAUUGAAAUGCUUACCCGCGAACGCGACUUUCGGAUGCAAGAAAUUCACCGCAAACGGGAAGCCCUCCAGCAUUUGCUCACGCAGCAAGUUUGCUUUCGCAAUCUCGUACAACACAACCACGCGCGUGGACUGGCGAACGAUCCUAACGAUCACAAAAUUCCGCUCCCCUUUAUUGUCGUCAAUACGCACUCCUCCGCCGUCAUACAGUGCAACAUGAGUCGGGAGCUGACCGAUGUCAUGUUCGAUUUCAGCGCGCCUUUUGAAAUCAACGACGACAACAUGAUACUC